CAACUCCCGAUGCCAGCAUCACCACAACACCGGCUAGCACUGAUGGCAGCAGCUCACCCAAACCCGAGCCACCAGGCCCUGAGCAACCGGACAAGGCAACGACCACUCCACCAGCAACUCCUCCCGAUGCCACAACACUACCACCGCCUCCGCCUAGCACUGAUGGAGCCAGCUCACCAAAGGAACCAGAACCGGACCGGAGCACAACGACCACGCCAGCUCCCGACACAGCUACAGCUACAGCUACCACUUUGCCACCGCCCAGUGUUGGGGAAGGCAGUUCAAUCCUGCCUGAACUACCAGACAAAAUCCCCACCACAACUAUGCCUCCAGAGAAGAGCACACCACCUAGUGUUGAGGGAGGAGGAAGCAGUUCACCAAAGGGACCAGAACCAGACCAAACGACUACUCCAGCAGUUCCCGACGGCGUCACCAUACCGCCGCCGCCUAGCACCGACGGCAGCAGCUCUCCCAAACCAGCGCCACCUAGUCCUGAAAAACCUGAUACAACAACGACAACUCCGUCAACUGCCGAGGGAACAUUACCACCAAGCACUGAUGGAAGCAGCAGUUCACCUCAACCUGAUAAAACCACCACAACUCCCGAUACGGCCACAACAUUGCCCCCAAGCACUGAUGGAAGCAGCAGUUCACCAAAGGAGCCUGAACCGGACAAAACGACUACACCUGCUAGUGUUGAUGGAGGCAGUUCACCACAACCAGACAAAACGACCACCACAACUCCAGCCACUCUCGACGGCGUCACCACACAGCCACCAACUAGCCCUGAUGAAGGCAGCAGUUCGCCAAAGGUGCCAGAACCGGACAAAAUAACAACGACAACACCAACUCCCAGUCCGAAAGGCACAACACUGCCACCUCCACCGCCGCCGCCCAGCAUCGACGGCGGCAGUUCACCUGAGCCAGAGAAAAUUACCACCACCACAACUCCAGCAACUCCGGACGGCGUCACCACCACCACACUCCCACCGGGUGGAAGCUCUUCAACAACAGAAAGUCCAACCUCUACAUCAGCACCUUCAGCAGAAACGACGACUACAACUCCAAGAGAGCCCAGCUCAGCCGGCAGCACCAGAGGGCCAAAACUGGUGGACCCUGACAAGGAGCCAGACAAGGAGAAACCGACGACGACGACGACGCCAACUCCCGAUACGGCGACAACAUUGCCCCCAAGCAUUGAUGGAGGAGGCGGCGGCAGCAGUUCCCCAAAGGAGCCUGAACCGGUCCAAACAACAACAACAACAACACCAACACCGACUCCAGACGGCGUCACCACAGCAAGCACUCAAGAAGGGGGCAGUUCACCCAAACCAGCUGGUCCUUCUGAGCUGCCGGACAAGGCAACGACGACGACAUCCGCAACUCCCGAUACAACAGCAGCCACUUUGCCGCCGAGCACUGAUGGAGGCACUUCGCCAAGUGCCCCUCAACCAGACAAAAGCACAGCUACGCCUACUCCAGACAGC